CAGUGUUAUGCAAAUUAAAAAGGGACAUUCAAAGGAGAACUAAUGAUUACCAUCCUGCACUGUCGAUGGAAAGCAGAAGCAGUGUCUUGCUCAAGCCAGGGUAGGGCCACUGUUCUCCGUUCCCGAGCCGAAUCCCCACAUGAUGUUGAAUUAUGAAUGCGCCACAUCAUGAGUCUCUUGUGGCAGGUAACUGUGCACUGGAACGCAGCCCUGCUCUGUGCAGUCUACCUCAUGGUGCGAGCGUGGAGUGUGUGCGCCACCCCCACCGGACCACAGAACUGCCCAGCUGUAUGCUCCUGCAGUAACCAGUUCAGCAAGGUGGUGUGUACCAGGCGUGGCCUGGUCCGAGUGCCCCCUGGCAUUCCCACUAAUACACGGCACCUCAACCUCAUGGAGAACAGCAUUGAGGUAAUCCAUGCUGACACCUUUCGACACCUCCACCAUCUGGAAGUGCUGCAGCUUGGCAGGAACUCCAUCCGGCAGAUUGAGGUGGGGGCAUUCAAUGGUCUCACCAAUCUUAACACCCUGGAGCUCUUUGACAACCGGUUGACUGUAAUCCCAAGUGGCGCUUUUGAGUACUUGUCUAAGCUGCGGGAAUUAUGGCUCAGGAACAACCCUAUUGAAAGCAUACCGUCUUAUGCAUUCAACCGUGUCCCCUCCCUCAUGCGACUGGAUUUAGGAGAACUGAAAAAACUGGAGUAUAUCUCUGAGGGUGCUUUCGAAGGAUUAUACAACUUGAAAUACCUAAACCUUGGAAUGUGUAAUCUGCGGGAGAUGCCUGUCCUUUCCCCAUUGGUGGGGCUGGAGGAACUAGAGAUGUCAGAAAACUACUUUCCGGACAUCAAACCUGGAUCCUUUAGGGGUCUGAAAUCCUUGAAAAAGCUCUGGAUUAUGAAUUCCAAAAUCACCAACAUGGAGAGAAAUGCAUUUGAUGAUGUCACAGCCUUGGUUGAACUCAACCUGGCCCAUAAUAACCUUAGCUCUUUGCCCCAUGACCUUUUUGCACCCUUGAGUUACCUGGUAGAGCUGCACUUGCACCAUAACCCAUGGCGGUGUGACUGUGAUGUAGUGUGGCUGGCUUGGUGGCUAAGAGAGUACAUCCCUACCAACUCCACGUGUUGUGGCCGGUGCCAUAGCCCUGCCCAUCUGCGAGGACGCUACCUAGUGGAGGUGGACCAGACUACAUUUCAGUGCUCUGCUCCUUUCAUCCUAGAUGCUCCAAGGGACCUUAACAUAUCUGCAGAGCGAGUGGCUGAGUUCAAGUGUCGCACAGCUCCCAUGUCAUCUGUCAGAUGGCUCCUACCCAAUGGAACAGUUUUGACCCAUGGCUCCAAUCAUCCAAGGAUAUAUGUUCUCAAUGACGGAACUCUAAAUUUCUCCAAUGUUCUGCUAUCUGACACAGGUGUGUACACCUGCAUGGUGACAAACAUGGCUGGAAACUCCAAUGCAUCAGCUUACCUGAAUGUGAGCGCAGCUGAGCUCAACACCUCUGAACACCUAAGCUAUUUCACCACAGUCACUGUGGAAAUAGUGGAGUCAACAUCAGAAGAGGUGAUUAAACCGAAGACGGUCACGGCCUCACCCUCCGUCUUCCAGCCUGUGUUUAUCUCAACUCCAACUGUGUUAUUGCAGACACCAAGACAGGUUAGUGUGCCAACUAUCCGAGGAACAGUGCGCCCACCUGCCAGCUUGGACGAGGUGAUGAAGACUACAAAGAUCAUCAUUGGCUGCUUUGUUGCUGUCACACUGCUCGCUGCGAUCAUGCUAAUUGCAUUCUACAAGCUCCGUAAACGACACCAACAGAGGAGCACGGUGGCAGCUGCCAGGACUAUAGAGAUCAUUCAGAUGGAGGGGGAUGGUCCUCCUACCACAUCGGGAACAACUAUACCAGGAGAGGGUGGGAUGGUGCUACCAACUCUGAGAGAUCGUAACAACACCUACAAAUCCAGCUACAGCACCUACAAACCAGCACACUCUGCUCCCUGGACAGAGAACAGCAUUGGCAAUUCUCUGCAUCGCCCUCGGCCCACAACCAUCAGCACCAUCCCGGAACCCUACUUGAUUAAAACUCACACCAAGGAGAAGGUACAGGAAACCCAGAUCUAACAUUCCCAUAACCUUCUCCUCCUUCUA